AUGUCACUAGCCGCGCCAACGCUCCAGCCGUUAGCGCCGCGCUUCCUCCGCCGCUCCCUUCGUGCGCUCCCCCCGAGCGCCCUCCGCGGCCGCCCGCUCACGCUUCCGCCGAGCUACGCGCGCGGAAGCUCUUCCCGUCUCGCGCAUUAUCUUUCUUCGCGCGCGGAGCUCUCUGCAACAUCUGUAUCGGCGGAAGCUGCGCCAGCGGGGGUAUCUGCGGAUGGGACCAGCGCGGAAGCGGAACAGCUGCGGAGCAGCGGGGCUGGGGAGAGCGGGAAGACUCCUAAAGCCGGAACGCUUACGUUUCAGGACGCAAUUCAGCGACUCCAGGAAUACUGGGCGGGCGUGGGGUGCGCGGUGCUACAGCCGAGCAGCACGGAGGUGGGAGCGGGCACCAUGAAUCCCGCCACCUUCCUGCGCGUGCUGGGCCCCGAGGCGUGGCGCGUGGCCUACGUGGAGCCCUCCAUGCGCCCCGACGAUAGCCGCUUCGGAGAUAACCCGAACCGCGUGCAGCGCCACACGCAGUUCCAGGUUAUUCUCAAGCCAGACCCUGGGAAUGCGCAGGAGCUCUACUUAGGCAGCCUGGCAGCGCUGGGCAUCGACAGCAAGCAGCACGACGUGCGGUUUGUGGAGGACAACUGGGAGUCGCCCGUGCUCGGGGCGUGGGGGCUGGGCUGGGAGGUGUGGCUCGAUGGCAUGGAGAUCACGCAGUUCACCUACUUCCAGCAGGCAGGGGGCAUGCCGCUAUCACCAGUGUCAGUGGAGAUCACGUACGGCCUGGAGCGCAUCAUCAUGAGCCUGCAGGGCGUGGAUCAUUUCAAGCGCAUCGCCUAUGCCCCUGGUGUCACCUACGGGGAGCUGUUCUUGGAGAACGAGAGGGAGAUGAGCUGGUUCAACAUGGAAGAGGCGGACACGGAGAGGGUCAGGCAGCGCUUUGAUCUCUACGACGCCGAGGCACAGGCUUUGAUUGACAAGCAGCUGGCCAUUCCCGCAUUUGACCACGUCCUCAAGACGUCCCACGCGUUCAACAUUCUGGAUGCAAGGGGUGCUGUUGGGGUCACUGAGAGAGCUCGCUUCUUCGGCCGUAUGAGGAGCCUGGCGCGUCAGUGCGCCCAAUUGUGGGUCGACACGCGGGAGAAGCUCGGCUUUCCAUUGGGCCGGGCGGAUGCUGACGUGGCGCAGCCAACAGGCGACACAUGGCCGUCCGCUGACGUGGCGGCGCAGGACGGGGCGGCGAGUGCGGGCGGCGUGGAGGCACGGGAGGGCGAGGGGCGGAUGCUAGUGGUGGAGAUCGGUACAGAGGAGUUGCCGCCUGAUGAUGUCAGCAGCGCUGUUGCCCAGUUGCAAGCAGCCAUCCCGCCUCUUCUCACUCGCCUGCGCCUGCCGUACAGCUCAGUGCGAGUGGAGGGCACGCCCAGGAGGGUGGCGGUGCAGGUGGCGGGGCUGGCAGCGUGGCAGCAGCGCGAGCAGCGGGAGGUGCGGGGGCCGCCGGCUAACAAGGCAUUUGACAAGGAUGGGAAACCUACUAAGGCGCUAGAGGGCUUCUGCAAGCGUAACGCGGUAACCGCAGAGGCGGUAACCACGCGGGCGGACGACAAGGGCGUGGAGUAUGUGUGGGCGAGCGUGAGCGAGGAGAGCCGACCCGCGUGGGCCGUGCUGGGGGAGCAGCUGCCGGCCGUGAUUGCAGGGAUUGCGUUUCCCAAGACCAUGCGGUGGGACUCCCAGGUGGCGUUCAGCCGUCCCAUUCGGUGGCUGCUGGCCAUGCACGGCCACACCGUGGUGCCGUUCGCCUAUGCAGGCCUGGCGUCGGGCAAUGAGUCAUGGCUGCUCAGGAACGCGCCAGAGACACGAGUGCAGCUACCAUCUGCAGAGGAGUAUGCAGCAGCCAUCGCAGCUGCCGACAUCACCCUCUCCAUUCAGGAGCGUAAAGACGCGAUCUGGGCAGCAAGCAAUGAGUUGGCAGCGUCGGUGGGAGGAAGCAUCCCGGAAGAUGCACGAGGGGACCUCCUUGCUGAGGUGGCGAACCUGGUGGAAUCUCCCGUGCCGCUUCUAGGAAGCUUCGACCGCAGCUUCCUAGACCUGCCGCCCGAGGUGCUGGUGAUGGUGAUGAGGAAGCAUCAGAGGUACUUCCCGGUGCAGGACGCAGCUUCUGGGAAGCUUCUCCCGUACUUUGUGGCGGUGCCGAACGGGCGGCUGGACGAAGCUGCAGUGCGGGCCGGCAACGAGUCAGUGCUGCGCGCCCGCUACGAGGAUGCACGUUUCUUCUACAACAGCGACACAGCGCACCCUCUGGAGUCCUUCCGGGAGAAGCUCAAGGGCAUCACCUUCCAGGCGAAGCUGGGUUCCAUGUUGGACAAGAGCGAGCGCAUCGAGGCCAUCACGCCACUCCUCUGCACCGCUCUGCACCUCUCUCCAUCAGACUUUGCCGCGGCGCAGCAGGCAGCGCGGCUGUGCAUGGCGGACCUUGGGACUGCCGUGGUGAUGGAGUUUACUGGACUGGCUGGAAUCAUGGGGCGGCACUACGCAGAGAGAGAAGGUUUGGGAGAGGAGGUGAGCAGGGCAAUUUUCGAGUGUGUGCUGCCGCGGUCAGCAGGCGACCAGCUGCCCACCACAGCCCCUGGCCUCGUGCUCUCCCUCGCCACCAGGCUUGACAGUCUCGUGGGGCUCUUCGCCAUCGGCUGUGAGCCCUCUGCCUCGGCCGACCCCUUUGGUCUCCGCCGCUCCGCAUACGGCCUUGUGGAGGCACUGGUAGCAAGCAACACUGAUCUGCAUCUCUCCACGGCCCUGCAGGCAGCAGCAUCCGUGCAGCCUGUUGAGGUCACUCCCGCCACACUGGAGCAG